CAGUCUGUUCGGCGCAGUGUUUCGUUUUUAUUUCAACACAAAUUGGCAAACCCUUUGGCCGUCAAAUACCGCGAAACACGUCCGCCGCCACCUAGUCCUAACAAUGGCUGUCCUCGCGUCGGAUCUCAAACUGCUGUGGCUCUACCGUGGAACGUUCGGUCAGGUCAGAAAUAUUCACCUCGCGGUGGCCAGCAAUGCGGCGGCAAAGAAGGUCAAGAAGUUCCAGAUCUACCGCUGGAAUCCGGAUCAACCGGAGACGAAACCAUUCAACCAGACGUACGAAGUUGAUCUGAAUGCCUGCGGUCCGAUGGUGCUGGAUGCGCUGAUCAAGAUCAAGAAUGAGAUGGACCCGACACUAACCUUCCGUCGGUCGUGCCGGGAAGGAAUUUGUGGGUCGUGUGCGAUGAACAUCGGGGGCACCAAUACGCUCGCUUGCAUUAGCAAGAUCGACGCGGACAAUCUGGACAAACCGACCAAGAUCUAUCCGCUGCCGCACAUGUACGUGGUGAAGGAUCUGGUGCCGGACAUGAAUAAUUUCUACAACCAGUACCGCUCGAUUCAGCCGUGGUUGCAGCGCAAGAACGAGAAUACCGAGAAGAAGGGUGAUGCCCAGUACCUUCAAUCGGUGGACGAUCGCGCCAAGCUGGACGGUCUGUACGAGUGCAUUCUGUGUGCGUGCUGCUCCACGUCCUGUCCCUCGUACUGGUGGAACAGUGAUAAGUAUCUGGGACCGGCGGUGCUGAUGCAGGCCUAUCGGUGGAUUAUCGAUUCGCGCGACGAGAGCACCGAUGCCCGGCUGGAUAAGCUCAAGGAUCCGUUCAGUGUGUAUCGGUGCCAUACGAUCAUGAACUGCACGCGUACUUGCCCGAAGGGCCUCAACCCUGGCAAGGCUAUCGCCGAGAUCAAGAAACUGUUGUCCGGUAUCGCAAAGAAGGACGCUCCCGGGCUCGAAACUGCGGCCCUUCACAGCAAGUAAGGUGCGCCAAAAAGCUAUCCAUACCACAAAGAUACACACAAAGAGCGGAAAGUGGAAGGAAAUGGUGUUGUGACACUAAAAUCGACGCGUUAAUGGAUGCGAAUAUCUUCAUCUCCUAAAUCAAGGGAAGGGCCGGUACCUAUUGGCAGGAAUUGGCAACUUGCGGCCACCAGUGCCCCAUUGGGACACAAAAUGGUGUGACGAAUUCAAAUGAACUACCAAAAACAUGGAAGAAAGUACUGUUAGUAAUGGACGUUAUUCGGUUCAGCUUAGUUUAGUUUGCUGUUAGGUAUUCAACGUCGAUAGCAUCUUCUCCACACAGAACACAAACCCCCCGAUAAGGAGCCCGCUAACCAUCCGCUGGGGUGAUUCAAUGUCGACAUUAUUUAUUUAUGUUUUUCGUAGCAAAAAAGGCGAAACAAUAAAGAAACGGAUGGAAAUGCCCACUGUUGGCAGCUUUAAA